UACUCCCUCUUCUAAUAACUCUUCCCUUCUUUUAGUUCUUUCUCUUCCCUUCAAAAAAUUUCAUCCUUUCACAAAAAUACCUAUCGACCAUGUUCUUUUAUUACCAUAAAAUCUAUCUAUAUUUUAAUUUCUAACAUAAAAAAGCAAAUCAAAAAAAGGGUUUCUUUUUUAUUUUUUUAUUUUCAUUAUUGGGUAAAAAAAAAUCUCCAAUUUUUUUGGGGAAGAAAAUAUUUAUUUAUAUUUAUAUUUAUAUAAACUAGUACAUACACUAUUUUGAGGAUAAUUAAGGAAGAUUAUUGAGUAAUUAAGAGAAAUGGGAAGAGGAAAAGUUGAGCUAAAAAGGAUUGAAAAUAAGAUUAGUAGACAAGUAACAUUUUCAAAGAGAAGAUCUGGUUUACUUAAGAAAGCUCAUGAAAUUUCUGUUCUUUGUGAUGCUCAAGUUGCUUUGAUUGUUUUCUCUACUAAAGGAAAACUCUUUGAGUAUUCUAGUACUGAUUCCAGCAGCAUGGAAAGUAUCUUGGAAAGGUAUGAGAGGCACUGCUAUGCAGAGAGACAGCUUGUUGCAACUGAUUCAGAGUCCCAACAAGAGGGAAGUUGGGCUAUGGAAUACCCAAAGCUUGUCGCCAAACUUGAAGUUUUACAAAGGAACAUGAGGCACUAUGUAGGAGAAGAUGUUGAUACUUUGAGCCUGAGAGAACUUCAACAUUUGGAACAACAACUAGAUGUAGCUCUUAAGAGAAUCAGAAGCAAGAAGAAUCAGCUGAUGCAUGAAUCAAUAUCUCAGCUGCAGAAAAAUGAAAAAGCUAUGGUUGACAAAAAUAACCAUUUGGCAAAACUGAUGAAGGAGAAUGACAAAAAGGUAAUGGAGCAACAAAAAAUGCAGCAGCAGCAAAACCCUAGUCCAGCUUUCCUCAUUCCAGCACCUACUCCAUUACCAUUUCCCCCUCUCUCUAUUGGAGGAACAUAUCAGGGAAGAGAAUUACAAAUAAGAGAUGAAUCAAAUGUGCAAGCUGAAGGUGAAACCAGAACAAACAGUAACAUUCCAUCAUGGAUGUUUACUCAUAUUGCUGAAUAAAAAAGAAAAAAAUUUCAUAAACAUAAUGAAUGCUCAAUGAUUUCAGCGAUAUCUGAUAAUAUAAAAUGCUGAAAAUCUUAAUUAUAGCUUAUAAUAUUUUGAUCUACUAUUAGUUAUCUGUAAAUUAUAUUAGACACCCAAACAAUGGUGUUUAAUUAGGAUCUAAUUACCAAAUAACCUAAUCAUCUAUACAGUACACCACGACCGUGUACAUUACUACCUCGUUUCUAAAGGUUUGUCCAUUAGGUAUAUUAAAAUUUUGUACAUCCAGUCAAAUUUAUUAUAA